AUGCAACACAGGGCGGAUCUUGCUAGAAGUUUCGACCGGGCGAUCUUGGGAAAAGGAAACGGGUCCGGCCGCUUCUCAAGGCGCAAGCGCGAGAGAAGGAAGGCGGUGAAUGGGGCCCGAAUCCCUGUGGUGGAUGGGGCCGUGUGGCCGGUCCAGUCAGCAGACGGGAGGCGGAGGCAAGCGAAGAAGAGGUCGCAGUGGAGGCAGACGCGAUCCUUCUCGACCUUGAAGGAGCGAGUGGAUGGCGCAGUCGAGCGCGAGCGGUCCGGCUGGCUGGAGUGCGCAACGGUCCACAGCUCUCUGAGGCAGAUGGGGUCCACAGGCGUCUUCCGCUUCGUCUGCGUUUCUCUGCUCUUCGGCGCAGUGUUUCCGAUUGAAUGGGACGAGGGAACGGCGGAGUUCGGGAUUCGGGCGAUGGAGUGCGAAGAUUGCCGAGAAAACCGGACAGAAUUCUCCAGCUUCCUUCAUCCUUGCAGAGACGAAAUGGAAAUGGUUCCCAACGGCGCGAAAUGCCUCUGGAACGUGUUCCCGAGCGGGGCGGUGAACAUGACCUUCCUGCUCGCGCCGACCACCUUCUACUUCGCGCCGGGGGAGGCCCGGCUCCAGAUCGGGCAAGGGUACAAGGACUACUUCGAGAGCGGGGACAGCCCGGCGGGCCUCCUGGCGACGUUCGACCAGCCGGUCGAGGAGUUCACGGGGGUCACCGUCAUGGGGGGACACGCCUGGGUGCAGUUCCAGGUCUUCGUCGAGGGGGGCGUGGAUCUCUUCUACCUGGCGUAUAUCAGUAACGCUCGCGGGACCCGACUGGAGGUGCCAGCGUCAGCCAACGACGGGGGUCUGACCAUUAUUGUCACUAACAGAGGAGCCGACGUCAACAUCGACGAAAACGCACAGUGCUUCGCCGAACACGAUGACUUUGAGGACGAUAUGGUCUCGGCCAUCGUUGCCAAGAGGCCUUGCUAA